GUGGGUUUGUGAGGUGUUAGGUGGUAUGGGAUUAAAUUAAAGCUAAAAACACUCACAGCAGCAAACACCUGCUACAGUAACUGCCCUAGCAACCUGUGAGUGAAAGUUAAAUCGUUUGGAGUAUAUUUUUUUAAAUGGACCACAUUAAAUCAAAGUUGGUACUCAAUUGCCACUAGGGGGCAGCCUAAACACUUCUCAAGACCUGUCACAGGUCACAGGUUGCCAACCCUGGUUCUGGAAAUCCCUCCUCGGUGCACAUUUAGUAUUCUCGUACUGUAACACACCCACUUCAACAAAAGAAGGGUUGAUUAGUUGAAUCAUUUGUGUUUGAGUAAGUGAAAGACUCAAUAAUGUGCUGUUCAGGAGUAGGGAGAGGAAGCUUUUAUCCUUCCAUUCAAAGACAAAAGGCAGUUCAAAGGCAGGUGUAUUCUGCCCCUGUUUUAUCGUAGUGUGUUAUAUUGUGUUCUCGAUCGCUUACGUAACAGACAACAGGUGUAAAAGAGAGCUGGCGAAUAGUCAGAAAUGGCCUCCAGUGACUUCAGUUAUAUUUCUGGUGACCCACACCUUCUAUCAGAAGUGAGCAUUGUGCUGCUGGGCUGCAAGGAUUCUGGGAAAAGUUCUGCAGGAAACACCAUCCUGGGACAAGACGUGUUUGAUUUACAGGAAAAUGUGCGCUGCUUGAAAAGACAUGGAGACGUAGCAGGCAGGAAGAUCACUGUAGUUGAAGCUCCAGGAUGGUGCUAUGAUAACCCUGUGGAGGAGAGCACCGAGCAUCUGAAAGAGGAGAUCAUCCUCAGUGUGUCUCAGUGUCCACCAGGUCCACAUGCUGUACUGGUGGUAAUAAAUGUUGGCAAGAAUUUCACAGAAAAUGACAAAGAAAUAUUAGCAGGAUAUCUCAGUCUUCUCGGUGACAACAUCUGGAGUCACACCAUAGUUCUGUUCACCUACGGAGACUCUCUGGGUGACACAACCAUAGAGAGACACAUUGAGAGUAAAGGACAGGCUCUGCAGUGGCUGGUAGAGAAAUGUGGGAACAGAUAUCAUGUUUUUAACAACAACAUGGAUGAUGACUCCCAGGUUGCGGCACUGCUGGAGAAGAUCGAGAAGACCAUGGCGGGAAAUAAAGGACGCCGUCUGAUAACGGACGUGAAGACAUUAUGCAGGAGUAAAGAGGACGAAGACGGAAGGACUAGAGGCACCAAUUAUUCACAAUAUUUCAUAAAUGUGCUCGUAUAUGUUCUCGAAUUCCUCUCGUUCAGUUCUCAGCAGGUGUCACUGCCUGUGUGGAGUAUCACACGUUCGCUCUAUUUUCGUAUGGGUUUCUCGCGGUUUCUACAGUUUCCUCCCACCUCCCAAAAACAUGCAGUGGUUUUGAAAAGUGGGACUGAAAAAAACACACAAUCCGCAUCAUCACUGCACCCAGAUGCGAGCCGGAACGAGAGAAGGACCUUAGAAGACACUGAAUUAUUUACUCCUGAGUUGGUUGAAAACUAUCAUAAAGAUAAGAACAGAAAUGAAUACAGGUUUCUCUGCCCUCAUGCUGGUCAGUUUGAGUGCAAACUGACCAGCCUUGUGUUUGAGAUGGAAGGGAAGGGUGUAGUGAUGUACAGAGUAGUGCCCUGGGACAACCACAUCUUGGCUGGAUUACACCACAUGGAUCCUGCAGGACCUCUGUACAGUAUUGACUGCCUUGAAGGUUCAAUCACUUACCUGCACCUUCCACACUGUGAGCUCCAUUGGGAUGUUACAGGUACAGAUGUGGUUCAACUGACCGUGGCAUGUGUGACGGGGGAAAAUGUAGAAAACCUUCAGCCGCUGAAAGUAACGAACACACGUGUGAUCAUAGAUGUUCAGAGACAACGUCUCUCCUGCGUCGGCGUCGUCAAAGAGCUGCAAUUCCAGUCAUAUCCCGUCAGAGCCCAAGUCUUACUAUUCUGUAAAAAAACUGAAGAACACAGGAUGAGUAAACUGUACGUUCAUCUGUUGCCGGGUAAUGUGCCGGUGAAAGAGGUGCAGAAACAACAUAACUCCAACACAUACAUUAGUACGACCUCUGAAUGUCAGCUGACUCCUGGUUACAUCUACAGUCCAUGCUGUAAAACUACAGACCACGACUUUGUGUCCCAACCGAAGGAUGAAACGUUUAACUGCGAUUACAGCACCGAGUUUCCUCCUACGUUCGAGGUGCCGUUUAAUCCUGAGGUCGAUCAAUUCACUUUAAGUCUUUUGGAUGAAAAUGGCCAGGAGGUGUGGAAGCCUUGUACGUUCUUGCUUACAGGUGCUGAUCUAGAUGUGGAUGAACAAAGACACAUUCUGGCUCUGGCUCACAUUUCCUCUUCUUUAUAUCACAUUGGAGACUGUAUUGAAGGGCAUCCCAAUGAAGCCAGCUUCAACCCUGAACUCAAGAUUCAGGAUUUCACACAUUCUGCAGACGUCUACAAGGGUUUCGUCCAGACGCCUCUCAUUUACCACAAACAGCCCAAAGGAGACAUGGCAUUUUUCAUUCCAGAAAUGCUUGAAAGUUGUCCUAAGGACAGGAAUAGCUGUGAAUACAGGUUUGUCUGCCCUCAUGCUGGCCAGUUUAAGUGUGAACUGACCAACCUUGUGUUUGAGAUGGAAGGAAAAGGUGUAGUGAUUUACAGAAUCGGGUCCUGGGAAGGCCGGCUGUUGGACGGAUUACCGCAGAAUGAGCCUGCAGGACCUGUGUAUAGUAUCGACUGCCAUGAAGGUUCAAUCAAUUACCUGCACCUUCCACACUGUGAGACUUGUACAGAUGAGGUUAAACUGACUGUAGCACACGUGACCGGUGGAAAGGUGAAGAUACUUCAGCCUCUAAAAGUAACAGACACACACGUGAUCGUACAAAUCCAUGGUCUUUCCCUGUUCGCUCUUAUAAAAGCACUGCUAUUCCAAGCGUAUCCCAUCAGAGCCCAAGUUCUACUGUUCUGUAAAAAAGUGACUGGAAAUCACAGGAUGAAUAAACUGCACAUCCAUCUGUUACCGGUGAACGUUCCGGUUAAAGAGGUGCAGAAACAACAUGAGUGCGGCAUGUACAUUGAGACGACCUCCAUGUGUAAGCUGAGCCCCGGUAAGACCUACGAGCCAUGCUGUAAGUCUAACGACUGUGAAUACAAACACCAACCAGAGGAUGAGACGUUUGAGUGUGACUAUGGACCCAAUUACCACCCUACAUUUGAGGUGCUCUUUAACACUGAGGUUAAUCAAGUCACAUUAAGUCUUCUGGAUGAAAAACGCCAGGUGGUCUGGGCACCUCGUACAGUCUUACUUACAGGUACAGAGUCGGAGGCAACCAACAUGGAUACGUUGGAAACCAAACGUGCUGAAUUCGUGAAUGAUCACCGAGCAGCUUUCAUUCAGAGAAUUUCUUCAGUAAUGGAGAUUGCAGACUGUCUAAUAGCCAGGAAAAUAAUAACUAAUGAAAUGUUAAGUAAUAUCAGUGCAAAGGAAACACCGCAAGCCCAAAUGAGAGAAGUGUACAAAUAUCUUGACUCAGCAGGACGAGCUGUGAAAGCUCAAUUCUAUCAAAUUCUCCUAGAGAAAUAUCACAGUUUAGUGAUGGAGCUGCAGUCGACUCAGGCGUAGUGGACAUUUAACAGAGUAACACACAUGACAGAUUUAUUUGUGUAGCAGAAAUAUAGAGAUUAAGAGAUUAAUUUUCAUUAUUAUAAUCCUGUGUUAAUGUGAACAUGUUAAAUCAACAAACAAAAAAGCUACAAUUUGUUAUUACUAUAAUUCCAAUAAUUUCUUUUAAUCUUAAGUAGGCAGCAAUAGAUUAUUCGGUUUUAAUGUAUCUUGCGCUAAUCGUCAGAAACACGAAGAAAAAAAAAGAUUUUUUUCUUAGACAUUUUGUUGUUGUCAUAUACCAUAAUUAUUCAUGUCAAGGUGUAACCACAGCAUACACACCUGCCUCUUGUCCUGUUCUUUGGAUUUCUCUUGGAUACGACUAUAAGACUGAGCUCACCAGUAGAUAGCACAGAAAUCAUUUACAAAGGAAAAAGUAAAUAUAGUUAUGAAAAAAAAGUAUAGACAUGACUGACUAUUUGUCAUUUACUCAACAACACUAAUCACGGAUGGAAGGAUGGGUUUAAAAAUGAUGAUGGAGGUUCUUCAGGGUUGUUCGGCUCUUCAGACAUCAGUCUGAAAAAUCUAAUGAAAUUCAGAUGACCAUAAAAUAUAAAAAAAUUGAAUGUAAUAAGAAUAAGUAAUAUAGUUUAUUACGUAAAAUAGGAAUAUGUUCGUGUCAGAGGCUUCGACUUUGAAAUGGAUCAUCUUGUAAUUUGAUUUGUAAAAUGAUUUUUCGGCUCCUCGAAGCAGCCGGGAUGCAUAGGCUGAAUGCUAGCGAUGUAUAAAGUAUAUAUGUAUAAAGAUGUAUUGAGGCGAUGUAUAAAGCAAUUUCACCCAACUAAUACAUUUAUUACCAAAACAAUUUUUUUUAAAUACAGCGAAUAAAUACCCCCACUCUACCCUAUCAAAUGCUUUUUUAGCAUCCAUUGAAAUCACAAUCUCAGGUACCGUCUCGGAAUGUACGGUAUGAAUAAUGUUUAAAAGAGUGCGAGUAUUAAAAAAUAAAUGACAUCUCUUAAUAAAACCGUUUUGCUCCUCAGAAAUAAUGCUGGGCAACACUCUCUAGGCACAGAGCUAUAGUUUUUGCCAGAACUUUAACAUCAGCAUUUAACAAAGAUGGAGGCCUAUAGGAACCACACAAAGUUGGAUCUUUGUCACUCUUCAA